AUGGCUAAUAAUGAGAUCAAGAACAUGAUCUCUGAUCUAACGAAACGCCUAGGCAGCCUUAAAAAUGUUCGUAAUAAGGCUGCACUAGGUGACUCGAGCCAGAGUGAUGACGAUGAUCAUGGCACCAGGAUCAUCACUCUGGCUGGAACCAAUGUGGGAGCUAGUUUGCGCGGUGAGAUGGAAGAGAAAGUAGGCAUUGAGGGCAAUUCAUCGGAGGAAAAUGAAGUGUUGAAAACAUAUGUAAAUAGCAAUUUUCAAUCUCUCAACAAUUCCAUCAUGUUAGGUGGUAGCUAUUGUACUAAUGACCCUGGUGUUCAUUUGGACAUUAAUGAUGAUAUUGAACACCACGAGCCGCUACCACGAGGACAUGGAGAGAAGAAAGGCACAACAAGCACUAUUCAGACUAACAAAGGCGGAUCCAGAAUUUAA